UCUCCCUCAGUCGGCCGCUGCCCGCCCGCCUGCCUGCCUGCCUGCCUGUCGCCGGGGCUGGGAGAGCCUGGGAGAGAGAGCGCGCGCGUGUGUGUGUUAUGUGAGUGACGCGGCGGAGGUGUAGUUUGACGCGGUGUGUUACGUGGGGGAGAGAAUAAAACUGCGGCGAGAGCCUAGGCGCGAACGAAAGCAGUGACGGAGCAGCCUGCAGCCGAACUUGCCUUGCCCAAGAAUGUGUGGUUUCAAAAUUCAGUUCUUGCGUUACAAAGGUAACUAAAUGACCAUGGAAUCUGGCACAGAGAACCAACAGAGUGGAGAUGCAGCUGUUACAGAGGCAGAAAACCAACAAAUGACAGUACAGGCCCAGCCACAAAUCGCAACGUUAGCACAGGUAUCUAUGCCAGCAGGUCACGCAACAUCUUCUGCUCCCACUGUGACCUUAGUACAGCUGCCUAAUGGGCAAACAGUUCAAGUCCACGGUGUUAUCCAGGCUGCCCAGCCCUCAGUUAUUCAGUCCCCACAAGUCCAGACAGUUCAGAUCUCCACUAUUGCAGAAAGUGAAGAUUCACAGGAAUCCGUGGACAGUGUCACAGACUCCCAGAAACGCAGGGAAAUUCUUUCCAGACGACCUUCUUACAGAAAAAUCUUGAACGACUUGUCCUCAGAUGCCCCAGGAGUGCCAAGGAUUGAAGAAGAAAAGUCUGAAGAAGAAGCAACAGCACCUGCCAUCACGACUGUCACGGUGCCAACUCCAAUUUACCAGACAAGCAGUGGGCAAUACAUUGCCAUCACCCAGGGAGGUGCAAUCCAGCUGGCUAAUAAUGGCACCGAUGGCGUCCAAGGCCUACAGACGCUCACCAUGACCAAUGCCGCUGCAACCCAGCCCGGUACCACCAUUUUACAGUACGCCCAGACCACGGAUGGACAGCAGAUUCUCGUGCCCAGCAACCAAGUUGUUGUACAAGCUGCCUCAGGAGAUGUCCAGACCUACCAAAUUCGCACAGCACCUACAAGCACCAUUGCACCUGGUGUCGUGAUGGCAUCCUCCCCAGCACUUCCCACCCAGCCAGCAGAGGAAGCAGCACGGAAGAGAGAAGUCCGCCUAAUGAAGAACAGGGAAGCAGCACGUGAGUGUCGCAGGAAGAAAAAGGAAUAUGUCAAAUGUCUAGAAAACAGAGUAGCUGUGCUUGAAAACCAAAACAAGACAUUGAUUGAAGAGCUAAAAGCACUUAAGGACCUUUAUUGCCACAAAUCGGAUUAAUUUUAGAUCCCCAUUUUUGGUUUGUUAAUGUCAGAGAAAGACUGCUUUGGUGACUGCCAGAAAGACAAAGUGGACUUUUUAUUUUCUAAACAUUUCUCUCUCCUUUUUUUUCUACGCGCAAAACUGCCUGAAAGCAACUGCAGAAUUUUAUUCGUCUGUGCUUUGCAUUAAACUGUGAAUGUUGAAACACCUGCCUCCACUUCUCCCCCACCUUCCCUCUCCCUUCCCCCGAAUUAUUUUCACCACAGUGCAUCCUGGUUGAGAAGAAAGAGAACAGACUUCCUCAUCUCCCAUCUUCUUCGAGGAAUAUUAACGUUCACUUCUGAAGUUGGGUUUUUGUGUGUGUGUGUACGCACAGAGAGGGGGUUAUUUCAUAAUACUUCCAAGAAUUAAACACUGAGCUCAUCUGAACCCCUCAGAGAUGGUUAUCACGAGGCUCUGCCCUGAAGUAUUAGGUGGGCUGGAUGCGUACCCAAGGUAUGCUCUGAGGAAGCUAUGGUUGCCAAAUUAUUGCAUGGUUUCAAACGUCCAUUAUCAUACUUUACAGUUGCAGCUACAUGGUAGAAUGAUGCCAAAAUACGUGUACUUCAGGUAUGUAGGUAUGUACCCAGUAGGAAUUAAAUGAGCAUAUAGAGAAGGGUUGGGGAGAAGGUGGGAUAGUCACCUGUAACCUCCACCUGUGUUUUAGAUAUGUUUUCUAUAUGAUAAAAGAUGAUUCCAUUGAUUUCCUGUUUUUUAUAUAUAUAAAAAAAGAGAUUUCAUGUGUUCAAUCUUUCGAUUGCCCGUAAAGAAAUAAUCUAAGGUUUAUGAUAUCCUAAGGGGACAUGGACUCCUAGCAAGCGGUAGAGCAGGAACGGUAACGUUCUGCUUUAGCUUACAAGUCCAUGAGAUUAUCAUAAAAUAUAAUCCAUUAAAAUACCAUUUUUGUUUUGCAUUAUCCAGAGGUGAUGUUAUACAAGGCAACCACCAGCAGUGCAUACUUUAGUGAAGAAAGGAGUGAAUGUUAACACUUUUUCGUGCAAAUGACCUGGUAGAGAAUUUAUUUAUUUUUAAUCUACCUAUUGUGCACACAGAUGGUAUGAAAUUGAACUUUGCUGACUUGUUAAACCUAAGUCAUCAGCCAGACCUGAAUCCCAGUUAAGCUAUCUGAUUUCAGUAGGACUCAUUUAGGGAUCAAGCUGGAUCUGAGUAAAAGUUUCUCAUCUGCAGACAUUCAAACCCUAAGGAGUAAAAAGAAAAAAACUUCCCCUAAAGUAUGUUGCAGGAAUCAGUAAUCUGAUUAAUCAAUAUAAUAUAUUUAAGGCAGCAAAUCAGCCGUUCAACAUUAGAAAUUCCUUUGUUUAAGCUAUGUUCUUUGGCUACUUAGAGGUGGAAUCAGUUCUCUGGAGGCAGAAUGGAAUUAUUUAAGAGAACAUGAAGUUAUUUUGAAUCUCUAACCCCAGCAGUUAUUUUGAUCUUCAUCUAUAAAAGCCUGCACAUAAAACAAGCCUGCUCCUGAAAGUGUAUUAGUUAACAGAUCUUCUUAAAGGUGAUAAAACCAAAAUGGCAUAUUGCAAUGUUUUAUCAGUUAAAUUGACCUGUAGCAAUAAUCUGUAGCUAGUAAUUUUACUUAAUAGUGCACAUUUUUAAACAAAACAAAAGCAGAUUCCUGCAAAGAAAUGGGAUGAUAGAUUAUGGAGAACUCAAAUCCACAAUUUUUACCUGCCUUGUGAGGUUUGUUCCCCUCCCCGAAAUUUUGGUAGAAUCAUGAUCUCUGCUGAUUUUCUCGAAUUGCUAACCUCAUUGAAAACCAUUGUAUGUGUUGAUCUUGGUUUGAGAAAGCCUCUUUCAAAGCUGGCUGUUGAUGUGUCAGGUAAUCUGUUUAAACAUUAUGUAACAAUCUAAAAUUUGUUCAUCAGGAAAGCAACCACCAUAAGUCUCUGCUCGCUAUGUUCUUGGCAUCUCCUGCAAUUAGCUGAGAGAGUUGCAUUUCAGCAAGAGAGAUCAGCAGACAAAUGGGUUGUGGUGGGGCUGACCCUAUGCUUAAUUGCAACCUUUCCCAGGUUCCAUUCGGUCAAAGGAGGCUCAACAUGAACAGCUUGCAGAAUCUAGUGUGGCUUGUCUAUAGGUCAAUUCAGGGUUUUCAUUCUGGAAUCUUUCACCAGCAAUAAAAUAACAUCUGUCAGUUUUCACUUACCCAAUACCGAGAUAUCUGGCAUUUCUUAUGAAAUACAACAAUUUCCUAUUUCUUAUGUUUUCAGUAACCCAAGUUCAGACUUUACUGGUAUGUCCUUUGGAAUUCUAACAGCCAAAAGGAACUGAAGACAAUGCAAAAAAACAAGCAAACCCUUAUUUUGUAUAUCACUAAUUUAUUGAACAAACAGCAAGGUUGUCUUACCUGGUUGUUUUGCAUUUGGUCUCUUUGCCGCUUAACAGAACUUUUGCUAAAAUACUAAGUUGGUUGCCAGGCUUAAUUGGGGGGGGGAAAGGUGUAGAAAGGGCUAGCUCCAUUGUAGUCAUCAUACAUAGGUCUGGUUUCAAGUACAGUUUCUAUCUUUUACAAUAUAAAAGGUACCAUGUAGGCAAUUGAAAUAUUGCCCAGGGUGCUCUUCUAACAGAUAUUCUUGGAAAAUGCGUAUGUUUAAAAUAUGUACAUAUAUAAAAUAUAUAUACACAGUAUAUAAUCUAUAGCUCUGAGAGCUUUUAAGUCAGGAAUGCUGAGUAUUAUAGUAUAUUGAGGUCAGAAAAAAGUUUAACUCUGUGUGUGUGAGAGAGAGAAUGUGCAUGCGUGUGAAUACACACGCUUCAGCCUCUUGUUUGAGCUACAUUCUUCUGGCGCUUAUUGAUAUGUUGUAUUGUUGUUCACUUACCCAUAUUGAGUGAUUUUAUUUCACUGCAAUUUGUAUUUUUUUAGAAAGUGAAUUAUGGAAUUAUGUCAGCCAUUUUAAGCUCCUCUCUUCCCCCAGAUUCUUCACUUUGUGCUUUGUCUCUUCGGCAGCUAUACAUUAAGGCAAAAAUAAAA